GCGAGCAUGGGGAGGCGCUGCUGGCGGCGGCGCGCGCUGGCGGCCGCCUGUCUGGGCGCCGCGCUCCUGCUCCUGGGCGCCGCGCCCCGCGCCCUGCGCCCGGCAUCUGAAAACAGGGCCGUGGGCUCUGGCUGGCUUGGCGGGAAGAGGAGGAGUCCCCUGCAGAUGCUCUAUGACCUGGACCAGGGCCCGCGCUCCGCCCUGGCCGAGGUGCACCGGCAGCGGCGAGACCUGCUCCGCCGCGCCUGCAGCCGCCACACGCGCCGGCAGCGCCUGCUGCGGCCCGAGGACCUGCGGCAUGUGCUGGUGGACGACACGCACGGCCUGCUCUACUGCUAUGUGCCCAAGGCGGCCUGCACCAACUGGAAGCGCGUGCUGCUGGCGCUGAGCGGCCGCGGCCCCGCGGACCCGCGCGCCAUCCCCGCGCACGAGGCGCACGCGCCCGGCCGCCUGCCCUCGCUGGCCGACUUCAGCCCGGCCGAGGUCAACCGGCGCCUGCGCGCCUACCUGGCCUUCCUCUUCGUGCGCGAGCCCUUCGAGCGCCUGGCCUCGGCCUACCGCAGCAAGCUGCAGCGGCCCUGGGGCGCCGCCUUCCAGCGCCGCUUUGGCGCCCGCAUCGUGCGGCGCCUGCGGCCGCGCCCGCGCCCCGACGCGCUGGCCCGCGGCCACGACGUGCGCUUCGCCGAGUUCCUGGCCUACCUGCUGGACCCGCGCACGCGCCGCGCCGGGCCCUUCAACGAGCACUGGGAGCGCGCCCACGCGCUCUGCCACCCGUGCCGCCUGCGCUACGACGUCGUGGGCAAGGUCGAGACGCUGGCGGAGGACGCGGCCUUCGUGCUGGGCCUGGUGGGCGCGCCCGGCCUGCGCUUCCCCGAGCCGCCGCCCGGGGCCCGGGCUGCCGCGCGGGACCGCGCCGCGCGCCUCUUCCGCGACAUCAGCCCCUUCUACCAGCGGCGCCUCUACGGCCUCUACGGGAUGGACUUCCAGCUCUUCAACUACUCGGUGCCCUCCUACCUGCGGCUGCGCUAGGCCCGCG